AUGGCCCGUAUAACCGGUUCGGAUUCAUCGCCCCGCGUUGCUGCUGAAUUGUGUGAUCCGUUGAUCAAUAGAGGCACUGGUUUUUCGGCGGAUGAUCGUCGUACCCGGCAACUUGAAGGAUUGCUGCCACCGCGUGUGGAGUCGCUUGUUGAACAGGCAGCACGCGUGCUCAGCAACCUCCGCGAUCAGCACAACCCCCUCGAUAAGUAUAGUUAUCUCAGCGCGCUGCGGGAUGAAAACGAGACGCUCUUCUAUCACGUUGUGCUCGACAACCUGGAGGAGAUGCUGCCGAUCAUCUAUACACCUACAGUGGGCGAGGCCUGCACUCAGUGGAGUCGUAUCUAUGAACGGCCACGGGGACUCUACAUCUCGGCAUUUGCGCACCGCGGGCGCGUAGCUGAGGUGCUCGAAAAUUGGCCUCGCCCGCAGGCGAGCGUCAUUGUAGUCACCGAUGGGGGGCGCAUCCUCGGUCUCGGUGAUCUUGGGGCAAACGGUAUGGGUAUACCGAUCGGCAAACUGUCGCUGUAUACGGCGUGUGCCGGCAUUGCGCCGGAAAUCUGCCUGCCGAUUGCUCUUGAUGUUGGUACCGACAAUGCUUCGCUGCGAAAUGAUCCGCUGUAUCUGGGUGAACGCCAGGCGCGCCUGACAGGCGCACCCUACGAUGAAUUCAUCGAGGAAUUUGUGUCUGCUGUGCAGACUGUAUUCCCAGAGACUAUCCUGCAAUUUGAGGAUUUCAACAACGCAAGCGCGUUCCGACUGCUGGAUCGUUACAGCAACACGCUGUGCUGUUUUAACGACGAUGUGCAAGGCACCGGCGCGAUGGGACUUGCUGGCUUAUACUCUGCGGGACGCAUUACAGGGCAGGGCCUGGCUGAACAACGAAUACUGUUUGUUGGCGCCGGCGAGGCCAACCUUGGCUUUGCAAGGACCGUUGUAGCAGCCAUGCAGCAUGAAGGCCUUUCGGCAGCGCAGAGCAAGGCACGAUGUUUAUUCAUGGACUCGCGUGGCCUCGUCGUAACAAGCCGUACUGAUCUGCCGGCGUGGAAGUCUGUUUUUGCACAGGACCGCGCACACACGACUGACACCAGAACCGUCAUCGAAGAUUUUGCCCCCACGGCCAUCAUCGGUGCUAGCGGGGUGGGCGCAAGGUUCGAUGAGGACAUGCUGUCUGCGAUGGCGCGCAUCAACCAUCGACCUAUUGUCUUUGCGCUGUCGAACCCGACCUCUAAGGCCGAGUGCACCGCCGAGCAGGCGUUUGCCUGGACCCAGGGGCGAGUGGUGUUUGCCAGCGGCAGUCCGUUUCCUCCGGUCACCUAUGAGACGCAAACCUAUUCGCCCGGGCAGGGUAAUAACUUUUAUGUAUUUCCAGGCGUCGGCCUUGGCCUGCUGCUCGCCGGUGCAACACAGGUCAGCGACGAGAUGUUUCUGGCCGCUGCCCACGCACUGGCAGAUUGUGUAUCUGCAGCUGAUCUGGAACAGGGCAGAUUGUUCCCUCCCGCUGCUGGUAUGCGUGACGUCGCCGUUGCUGUUGCGGCGGCAGUUGCAGACGUGGCACACGCGCAAGGGUACGCCACACGCCAGCCAGAACAGGACCUUUGCGCUGCGGCUGCGAGUUACAUGUAUGUGCCGCAUUACAGCUGA